CAGCGGCCCUGCACUCUGCCCAGAUGGCGAACCUGCUUCCGCUGCCGCUGCUGCUCCCAGCGUUGCUGCUGCUGAUGGUGUCCCCAAGUCGGCUGGUGGUGGCCAUCUCCAGCGUCAAACCUAUCGGAUCUUACUUAAUUGACGUCAAAGAAGUGGGCAGCUGCGAAGAACAAGGAACUGCAGAGAUGAUGUUUGACGUCUAUCGUCGCCGAGACGAUUCCGACAUGUUGUUCGAAGGACACCUGUUCUUCAAAUACCCUUUCGGAACAGGAUUAACAGCAGAAACAGAGGUCCUCAGACAAGGCAGCAUGGGCUGGCGCAACGUGUACAGUUAUACAAAUGACGACAUCUGCCAUUCCAUCCAAAGCUUCAGCCCAGAAUUUUGGAAUUCCCUAAUGAAAGCGGCUGGAAUACCAGAUGAAUGUCCCGUACAGCCUGGCAACUACACAGUGAACGAGUGGAAGCCCCUGCUGGAUUUGGACAAGAUGCCGUCGCUCCCAUAUGGCACCUACCGCUUAAUCAUCCAGUUGAAGCAGGGGACGGGAGAGCUGGUGGGCUGCUACCAGAUACUUGUGGAAGUCAGCGAGAACGUGGACGCCUGAGGUGACGACGUCUUCUGGGCCGCCAACAGAUCUGCCGUAUUCUCCUGCAAAGAUCGUCCCCAACACUGAAGCAGACCUUGUUUACAUUGUUUUGAUAAAAAUUGAAUUUCAUGUAUUUCUCGCUCUACCUUCAGGGGAACUACUAGACCAAUAAUAAAAAAAGUAGCCACCUCACUCUCAUUUUUAAGCUUCUAUGCUCUUGAACCAAAAACUCAAUUCAUAAAAAAAUACAUGGAUGAGUGCGAGUGGGACUCUCGACAUAACUUAGUUAUGUGUGUAAAUGGUUCGUCCAUCACGGAAAUCGAGAAUCUCGACGAUUUUUGCCUGUUAUCGAUAUCGAUACAAGCAACGUGUUCAUCUAUCGAUUCCUGAGAAAAGGGAGUCUAACAGAAGGACAGACAGAGAGUCGGGUAACAAUUGACAAUAUUUUUUGGUGCAAUUUACUUACUUAUUAACAAUUUUCGAAUUUUUUUUUUUCCUUUGCUUUCACAGUCAAACCUUGGUUCUUACUAAAUAUCAUGAUUCCAGGUCAACGCAAAGUACCCUGUAGGUUUUGGUGAGUGAAUCUGCGUGUACAAAAUAUGGGUAUUAAAUGGCCGUAUCUUUAGAUCGCACUCACAUAGAAGGUUACAUUUUUGCCCCGCCAAGGCACAGUACUCUUAGUAUUAAAUAUAAAUUUGAAUUUGCUACGUCAAACCGUUCUUGAGAAAAAGUGGUCUUAGCAAUAGGACAGACAGUCGGAUAACAAAUUAGAAUUUUUUUCAUGUAUUGUCAUUACAGAUUAACAAUUUUUGAUUUAUCUUUAGUUUG